AGGCUAUACUUCUAUAGCUGGCACUUCCCCACAAGGACAUUUCAUAAAGAAUCCUUCCCAACACGUCACCUCUGGCCUUCCUCGUUCUUGUCCAUUAGCAUAGUGUGAAAUUUUCUCCGUUGCCAUCGCCAGACCUCCCGUCAAGUUUGGCUGCAAGAGCAUAUAUACUUCAUCUUGCGACGGAAUACAGGCCAAGUGACAGAUAGUCUUGGCUCACCCACUAGUUUGCGGGGUAGCCACGCUAGCUCCGAAUCUCUUCAGCUCGGACGACUUUUUUGCCUUUUGUCUGCAGCUUGCUUGCAUGUCUUCCCCUAAUGGAUCCCCUAUCCAUCUCAUCCGGCGUGGCAGGGCUGAUUGGUUUAGCUCUGCAGGUAGCCCCUGUCUUCCAGUCGUAUGUCUCGAACGUCAGGUCCGCACGUGAUGAUGUCCAGGCUUAUCUCGACGAGGUGGCAGCCUUGUCCCAGGUACUGGAUCAGAUGUACACAUUUCUUGAUUCCCGCAUGACAGGCGACUGUUUCCAAACAACCGAAGCUGUGCUGCUGCAAACCAUUAAAUCAUGUGAAAGAUCCCUGUUGGAGCUGAUUCGGAUGCUGAGAAAGCCGGUAGGACUGAAGAAGAAGUUGCUAUGGCAUCUUGAGAAGGAGAAGGUUGAAAACAUCAUUGCCCGCAUUCGAAAACACAACCAGCUUUUCCAUUUCUCACUGAGUGUCGAAGGAUGGGCUGUUCUUUCGCAGACUCCGGAACAGGUGACCGCUAUGUUGCAGCUACAGAUGCAGAUGUCCAAGAAGAUGCAUGACAUGGUCGAAGCGGCGUCGUUAUCAGCAGAAUCGGCCAGAAUAUACCAAGAAAAGACAAGAGAACUGGCUGCGUUGCUGGAAAACGUGUCGAUUCUUGCGAAGCCAGCUGAACAACUCUUAGAGAUCCAGGAGCGCAUAGAGAAGAUUGAUCGCAGCAUCACAGGUGAGCAUCUCUUCCCACGCCGUCGCGUUCACUUUCUGUCGUUCCUGCCAUAGCUGUCGAGAUUGCAUUCAAGCUCGUUCGAUCGAGCAUGUACCACCUCCAUGAGAGCCCAGCCUUUGCAUCGGUUUUGGCCAAACUCUUUUCAGGACGAUAACGCAGCCUUCUAGACAGGCGAUCUGGCUUGACAGUCAGUGGGUAGCAUCACUUGUCCUUGCUUCG